CAGACAAGUUGCAGCAGCAGACGGUGCAGCAGAAAUGAGCUCCAUAGCCGCGUCGCCGGUGCCCGCGGCCCAGCGCUGGUCGCAGCCUAGCUGUGGGGGCUGCCAGGUCAACGCAUUGGCUGUGGCCCUUCGAAUCUAGAGGGGGUAAAGGUGACCAGCUAAAGCCGAACGUGAGAUUGAAACGAUCUAACAAAGCUAACGAUCAACCCUGCUCAUCAGCGUCCCACAAAUUGCAACGCCUAAAGUCGCUGAGCCGUAAAACGUCCGCCUGCAGUCGCUGACAAUGCAGUCGAGAGCCUCUCUUCCGCUGCUGCUGGUGGUGCUGCUGGUGGUGCUGCUGCUGGGGCAGGCAGAGGGCGAGCUGGCCUCCAGUUCUGGACUUGAUGCACCACAGCCGGCACGCGGGCGCAUCAAAGCGAAAGCGGAAAACAUGUCCACGCUGGCAUCCAGCACGGGCGAGAGCUUCAACAUACGCCACGGCCGUUCCCGGGCGCACAUGCUGCACCCCAGCACCAGCAGCAGCAACAUGAACAGCACCCGAUUGACUCUGGUCAGCGAUGUUGGCAAGCCCGCUGCGCCGGCAACGCCAAUGCCGCCCACACAGCAGCCGGACGGAGGCGGGGCGCCAGUCACGCAUAAAAUUCGCAAAUUGCACAAAAAGAAAAUCAACGAGAGCAUACGGAAGAGCGUGGACAAGAGCCUGGGCCUGGUGCGAACGGUCAAGAAUCAUCGCAGCCUGGCCGAGGCCGAGCACCUCCAGGGGCGGCCCACAGAUGUCGAUGAUGGGGACGAAGAGACGGCGGCGCUUAGUGAGAUUAUGCAACUGGCUGACGAGAUUGAUUUGGAAAACUCAUUAGAGUCAGCUUAUCCGAAUGCUGUGGCCGUCGAGCCAACGAGCACGCAGCCGACCACGGAGAUUGCAAGGAGUCCAGGUGCUGGGGCAGCAACGGCAACGGCAGCAAUGGCAGCGCCAGCAGCUGGCCGGCAAUUUGUGCGUGCCAACAGUGAUGAUGCCAAUUAUGAGGACAGCGGCGAGAACGAUGAGCUGUCAACCACGGAAAUGGCAACAUUUGCGCCUCGUCAGCCAGCCGCAAAUGGAGCGAAGAGCUGGCAGCUGCAACAGACCCGAGUCCUGGGCCGCACCCGACUCCUGCCCGUCAACCAGAGCAACAGCCGGCCAUUCGCUCUCAAUGUUAAUGCGCCCCUGAGCAGUGGAGCGAUGGAUUACCAACUUGAGGUCGCCGAGUCGCGCAGCGCUGACAAUGACGAAAGCGGAGAUGGCUACGAUGCCGAUGAUGAGGAUGUGGCGCUGGAUGAGGCGACAGCUGCGGCCCACGAGGCUGGCAACAGCAGCGUCUACAGCGCUGCCGAGUGGCCGGAAGCGGAGAGCGGGGUGAGGUCCCAGGCCAUCACCAGUCAGCAGGAUAGAGAGGGUCUGGUUGUCAAGCAAAUCAACUUUAAUUUGGAGUCCGAGUCCGGAUCCGAGUCCGGUCCCGAGUCGGAGGUGGAGUCGGAGACGGAGACGGAGACGGACAGCAUGUCCGUGCUAGACACUUCAGAGGUUACCAUGGACGACGGCUAUCCGCCGGAGGUGCUCAUUGACGACAAGACAAAGCCACUGGUUAUCGGCGAUGUGGAAGGCGAUGGCGUGGACUCCAAUCAGAUAACGGCCGAUGUGAUAAAUGCGCGCGAUAGCAAAAUUGACUUGGUAUCCAAGUUUCUGCAGUAUAUCGAACAGCAGCAUCUGAUGGGCUCCAACUGCGUGGCGGGCACAUCGCUCAAUCUCGGCGAGGGCGUGGUCGACCGCUAUGCACAGGAUCGAUUUCGUGUGGAGGCCGAGGUGGCCGUCAAUCGGGCCAACAUGCUGACCAGAAUCUUCAAGACGACGGCGCACUCGGUGCAGGAAGAUGUCAACUUGCUGCACGCCUCGGUGCUGUCCAUGGUGGAGUUCGACGAUGAUAUAUUUGCGGCGGGCAAUUGCUUCGAUUGGAACGAGCAUCCAGCUCAGCCGGGACUCUUCUGUCCGUUCGCCUACCGCCUGCCGCCGCCGAAUCUGGGCGCCGUGCUGGCCAAGGAUCUGGCCAUGGAGUACCACUACCUGGGCAACACAUCCGAGUGGUUCUUCCUCGCACGCAAGAACGCCGAGCGAGUGAUAGCACGCAACGAGCAGUACCUGAAAUCAUUUCAUCUGUACUCGAACCGGACCGAGGAACGCGUCGAGGACGACACGCUGGCCGUCAAGUACGAGGAUGGCAGAUGGUCGAAGCCCUAUUACGACUGCGGCGGCGGCAACAUUUGGAUGCUGACCUACACGGUGCCGUUCUUUGGCUACGAGAAUGGCAGCUAUCACUUCAAGGGCACAUCUGGCAUCGAUAUCGACUUGCGGCGCGUGGACAUCGACCAGUGCCCGCAGCGGCACACGCCGGGCACCAAGCGACCGCUGAACAUCUUUGCCGGCACCGACAAGUGCAAACAGCGCACCACCAUGUGCGAGGCCAUUAUGGGACUGGGCUUUCGGCGCGGCUCCUACAAGUGCCUCUGCCGCAAGGGCUUCUACUUUCCCGACGUCGCCUCGCAGCACAAGUUCUUCAACGGCAGCCUGCUGGAGGAGGAGUACGAGAAACUGAUGCUGGGCAAAAACUCCACGUACAACAGCAACAACGAAUACGAGUGCCUGCCCUGUGCCGAGGGCUGUGAUUCCUGCGAGGACGCCUCACCCUGCAUCGCUGCCCUCAACUGGCCCAUGCGCUCCAGCAUCCUGGCCCUGGCCUGCAUUGUCAUCGGUCUGCUGCCACCCGCCGCCUGGUUCACCUUUCGCUAUCAACAAGUCAAGGUGGUGCGCGCUGCCAGCCCGGCCCUGCUGCGGGUCAUCGCACUGGGCGCCUUCUUCAUCUAUUGCACGAACAUCGUGAUGUACCCGAACCCGAAUCUCUACACGUGCACGGCUCGCAUCUGGCUGCGCGAGAUUGGCUUCUCCCUGACCUACGGAGCUCUGAUGCUGAAAACCUGGCGCAUUUCGGUAAUAUUUCGCGUGCGCUCGGCGAAGGCCGUCAAAAUCACGGACGCGGCGCUGCUGAAGCGGCUGGGCAUCAUCUGUGGGGCCAUUGGGACCUGCUUGCUGGUGCGCACCCUGGUAUCGCCACCGGACGUAGUCGUAGGCCGCACGGCGGACGACCUGAAGGCGUUUCUAUGCAAAACCGAUUGGUGGGACUACACAUUCACCUCGAUGGAAGUUCUGUUCUUGGCCUGGGGCGUCCGGCUCUGCAUUAUGGUCAGGAAGGCACCAUCCGAGUUCAACGAGAGCCGCUUCAUCUCAAUGGCCAUCUACAAUGAAUUUCUGCUCACCUGCUUCCUCAAUGUGUCCAUGCUCUUUCUGCAAUCGCCGGCCAAUCCAGAUUUGCUCUACAUCAUCUUCUUCUGCCACACGCAACUGACUGUGACGCUGCUCCUCGCCCUCAUCUUUGGCAGCAAGGUGUACAUUGUGCUGCGCAGCGGUAAAUCGCAUCAGGAGAACAUUGGCAUGGGCGCCAAGGCAUCGGGUGCCAAAUUCAAUUUUCGACCACAGGUGCGCACCUUCGCCCAUCCCAGCUCGAUGACAACGUCCACGGUGCCAGCAGCUGGCACCACCUCGGCGGAGACCAAGCUGUCCGACCAGGAGGCGCUCGAGGAGAUACGCCAGCUGAGCAUGCAGCUGCAGCGCAUCCAGGACAUGGCCCCACCCAAGGGCGUCGCCGUGAUGACCAUAUCGAGCCUGCUGGACGGCCUGAAGACGCCCGGCGGCAUGAUGAUGGUCGCCGCUGCCGCCACGCACGCAUCCACCGGCCAGGCGACGGCGGCCGCACGCCAAACGGCGCUGCCCCUGCUCACGCUCAAUGCCGAGAUGCAGAAGUACAAUCAGCAGCUGCAGCAGAACAACAAUGCCAAUGGCAGGGCAGCAGCAUCUGCGGCGACGGCACGUGGCAGCAUACCCACCAUGGUCCUGGAGACGCCACCAUCCUCGGCCACGCCCACGCCGACAACCGCCUACGAGGAGCGGUCAAUGAACACGGAGCUAACGGGCGACGAUUUCCGCGAGCAGCUGCUACGGCGCAGCGCCGACGGCCACAUCAUCUGCAGUCGGUGCCUGGACGCGUCCAAGGAGCACUACUACUGCUGCCCGCCGCGCACCGCCUGCGAGGAGCUCGGCUCGCCCCAGCAGGAGGGCAGCCUCAGCUUCGCCAACAUCAAGCUGGACUGCAUGUGCUCGCAGUCGGAGGACCUCGACCAAGCGCAGCGCCGGCGGCCCGCUGUGCGCACCGCGGCCACCAAUACGCCGCCCACCAGCUGCAAGCGCGGGCCGCGCAACCUGCUCGAGGCCGAGGUCAGCAUUUCGUAUCAAAUUUGUGAUAACUGUAGAAGUAAGUAUAGGCUUAGCGACAAGCCGCCUCCCGCCGGCCGACGGCGCAGCGGCAGCUGCACCCAGCCCGCGCCCCAGCCGCUCUCCGGGCAGGCGCGCAGCAGCGAGCUGCUCGACCGCGCCGAGGUGGAGGUCAGCAUCGCUGUGACCCAGGUGGCUCGCUCCACCGACGACAUUGCGCUGUACAAGGCAAAGCCUGCCAGUUCCGGCGGCGGCGGCGGCGCCGCUGAUAGCGAUAUUGAGGCCGUGGCACAGCCAACGGCCGAGGCGACCAGGUCGCUGGGCAAUGUGUCCAAUGCAUCGAACAAUUCCACUAGCCAAACGGACAAGACGAGCGGCAGCGCCGGCACCGGCCGACCCAAGCGGCCCGACAAGCUGGUGCUCGAUCUGAACGAUCGAUCCAAAUAUACCAAGGAGGUUUCUGUAUAGAGAGAGAGGAGAGAGAGAGAAAGAGAUGGCAUGUGUUCUCUGAUUAAAAGAUUCCAUUGAUUAGUUUAUGAUUAUGUUAUGAUAUUAAAUAUUGAAAGACUUUAUGAAAUUUAAUUGUACUACUAUAGCAACUAAUCAACAAAUCCAUAUACAUAUGCAUGCAGGCAUAUGUAUAUAUAGCUAUGUACAUACAUAUAUUAUGCGCUAAAGCCAAUAAUCGAGAGCUAAAACGCCUGAUUUCAGUGAAAGCCAAAAGCCACGUUUAGCCACGCAAAACGAGCGCAAAACAUUUGCAACAAUAAUGAGCCCCAAAUGUUGUCAAUAUUUUGCACAAACACAACACACACACACACUCACACACACCUACAACUGUACAGAGUUAAACAAGCAGCGUUGCCAUUUUGUUGUAAAUCAUGUGUUUUAGCAUCAAUUGAAUUUGAAUUUCAAGUAGAAAUCACAGAAUGAUUUAGCUAAGCCGCUUAACUAAACGAAAACGAACUUAAGAGCAGCAAAAUAAUUAUAAAUUAAAGUAAAUUAAAUUAACCAGAAACGUGCAAUAUAUGUGUGUAUAUAAAUAAAUAGUUUAGAGCUCGUGCUACUUCUAGUUGUAAACUGUAAAAUAAACAUAUCUCUGCCAAAAAGAAAUUCAAGAAAGUAAUAAUAGAAACGUAUAUAUAUAUAUAAAUAUAUAAAUAUUGUUAGCCCUCAGAGCUUAGUUUAAUUGUAGCUAAUAAUGCAAAAUUACUAACGAUUGCCCCUAAAAAAUAAUACACGCAUAAAUGCAUACGAAAAUAACCAAAAAA